CGGCGGCCUCUUCGCGGCGUUGUCCUGCCUCCGCUGGGCCAGGCUAAGCUCCGGCCCGGUGUCGCGCCUGGGUCCCAAGAGCCCCGGACUCCGCGCUCGCAGUUCCGGGGCGGUCUCCUCGUGGUGGCGCCGGCGGAAGGGCGCGCCGUCUUCGUCUCCGGCAGCGCGCACCGAUGGCGCAGGGCAAGCAAAAGUUCCAGGCGCGCCAGCCGGCCUCGGCCAGGAAGAAGGCCGCCGUCGCCCGGGGGCCUCGCAAGGGAGGUCGAAUAAUUGCUCCUAAAAAAGCUCGAGUGAUCCAACAGCAGAAACUGAAGAAGAACCUUGAGGUCGGCAUCCGUAAGAAAAUUGAGCAUGAGGUGGUGAUGAAGGCCAGCACCAGCCAGCCCAAGAAACUGACCCUGCUGAAGACACCGAAACCGGAGGCCAAAAAAGAGCCUGGAGGCUCCAGCCAGCCCUAGCUGUCCUUUGAGCACUGGAGCUGGUGGCAGAGGGUUGCCUGCUGCUCUCGGAUGACCGGACCCAUGCCACCCCCUUGCAGAGUUUGAGGGAUCUUUAAACUUCCCCAUGUGGUAGCCCGUCAAAUGAAAAGUUUCCUUUCCCCAGAAAGCCGUAUGAGCUGCUGGGGGCAUAGUUCUAUAUUCCUGGGUGGAGAGCUUUGAUUUUCAGCGUGGACAAACCUUGAGUGGUCUUAUCUAGCAUUUGUAGCCACUACUGGAGCCGUUGCUUCAGGUUUUCACCAACGCAAAUUGACAAGAGCUGGACUAGAAAUGGAGAAUCUCACGCCUAAGGAAGGGGGAUGAUACCAAGACUGUUCUGUAUGGCUUGGCACCCUCUCCACGUGGCAUCCUUGCCUACAGUUGGACUUACUGUUUUCAUAGGAGCCCAGUAGCCUGGCACAGUGCCCCUGCACACUGCAGGAGCAAAGUGGAUAGAUUGUAGGAUGUAGGCCGCAGGGCUCCUAGGCAAACAUGGUCCAGUGUUUGAACAUUAAGCAGCACAGGCAAACACGGUCCCAAUCCCCGUCUCCUGUUCGCAACUAACACUGUAAGAUUUGUAAUGCCCACAUAAGGCUUCUGCCCUGAAUCAAGGGAGUCAGGAGGAAGCAGUCUGGGCUCAGGGGCUCCUGGAAAUUUGCUUGGUUUUCUCACACUUCUGUGCUGUGAUUUCUUCCUCUGUCAUCUACUCUCUGGUAUUCAGUGUGGUGCAUCACAAAUCUUCUGUUGCUGACCUCAGUCUCAUCCCUCUUGUACAGCCUGAAAAACAAUCUGUGCUGAUUGCAGUUGCAACCAGAAGGUCUCUGGCUGGGUAGCUGACUCCUGAAAGCAAGCACACACACCCCUCCUCCAUACCUUUUUGCCUCAUAGUUUCACAUGUAUGCAGACCAGUUGUCCCAGAACUACAGUAACAUUUUGAAAGUUAAAUUCUUGAUCAUAUAACAGAUGCAAAUGUUGUUCUAUAACUAAAAAGUGAAUUUACAAUGCAUUUAAUAAAUAUAGGAGGCGUAUUUUAA